AUGAGGUCUGAGGAAAGGCAACAAUCUUCACGGUUAAACUUUGGCCUUACGGAAGACACAGAAGAAGUUGCAUUGAAUGGCAAACAACAAAACAUCAAGGGCUCAAAGGACACCAAAGACUCCUGUGGGGGCAAUGGGGAUCUCUAUUGGACAUUGCUUCUCCAUAUUGAAUUACAAGUUCCAAAAAAGGGAGAGCUAGAGAUGGUGGGAGAGAACAAGUACAAUUAUAAUAAUCAUAGUCACAAUCCAUCAUCAAUAAGGAGAAGUGGAGGUGGAGGUGGAGGUGGUGACGAUGAAAUGAUGAUGAUGAUGAGCAGUAAUACUAUGAAGCCUGCAUGGCUUCAAGGAUUGAUGGCAGAGACAUUCUUUGGAGGUUGUGGGGUCCACGAGAAUAGCAGAAAGAAUGAGAAGAACAUCUUUUGCUUGCUCUGCUGCCUUAGUAUCUGCCCUCACUGCCUUCCUUCUCAUCGCUCUCAUCCCCUCCUCCAGGUGAGAAGAUACGUUUACCAUGAUGUGGUUCGAUUGGGGGAUCUUGAGAAGCUCAUUGACUGUUCUUAUGUUCAGCCCUAUACGAUAAACAGUGCCAAAGUGAUAUUUUUGAAUCAGAGACCACAGUCAAGGUCUUGUAAGGGCUCAGCCAACAAUUGCUUCACUUGUGACAGGAUACUCCAAGACCCCUUCCACUUCUGUUCUCUCUCAUGCAAGGUAAAUCACUUGGUGGAUCAAGGGGAGGAUCUCUCUGCUAUUCUUUACAGGAUUGAUGCAUCUGAUUUUGCAUUUUCCCAAUUUGAGGGCUUGAGGAUGGACAGCGCCGAGAUUAUUGAUGAUGAUGGUCACAUUACCACGAGCUCCAUUCUUGAGGAUCCAUUACAGUACAGAGGCACAUCGUGCUCCAAUGACAUCAUGGGCAGUUCAGGAAUUUCACACGAACCUGAGGUCCUGAAAGAUAAGAAGAAAAAAGUGGCUUCCUUUCGGGGAAUUUCUUCUCCUUGA